AUGGCAUUUCCUUGCUGCGGAAAGGACGAUCGAGACGAAAUCAUUGCUCCUAGCCGACCUGUCGACAUCAACAACAUUUCUUCUCGAAACAAGAAAAAGGUUAUCAGCCCAGCGGCUCCUUACCAAGCAGAUAUGCACCAAGCUAUCACCAAUCCAUCAGCUCUAUCUACAGGUGAUGAAAAAUGCCGUGUCUUUGGAUACGCUGAGAUGAAUGCCUCGGGGCCCAGCAGCCACACUGUGAUACCUGAAGCAACGGAAAAUCAACGUCCAGAACCUGUCCUUCCUGAAACUUCCGGGCGUCCACCUGGUUAUCAAGACGGAAAUCACGGUCAAAAACCCAAGGCGCCGUCCGACAAUCCGCCGCCCUAUCACAACUGGGAGGAAGCUGUCCCAGACACAGCUAUGUUUCCCCCUCCCCCGGUUGGAGGCUACCUAUAUUCCAAUACGGGAAAUGCAUCCGCAGAAGAUGCAGAUCGAGCACAUAACUUCUGUGAUAAUACCCCGCUAUGGACCCCAUAUACACCUUCUGACGUUAUCUAUAGCGCUGUUCAAAAUUUUGACCUUAGACCAGUCAGACCCCAAGAAUACAACGGUGAGUUAGAAGUCGCGGGAAGGGGAAGAUGGAGUGGACAUACCAAGGACCGUGGCGGAGACUGCAUUCUGUUGACUAGUUUGCCGUUGUAUUUUCCGGCGAAAGACUCUCCUCUAGCGACAGAACGAACAAAGAUGAUAUACUUUGAGGCGAAAUUCCUUGGCCAGGGCAAUGGAAUAAACGACCAAGUGAGUGGAUUUUCCAUCGGAUUCGCGGCUCAACCAUAUCCAACUUGGCGAUCACCCGGUUGGGAACGAGGCAGCGUGGGCGUCUUCUCAGAUGACGGGUGCAGAUUUGUAAACGAUUCCUGGGGCGGGAUGGAGUUCACCGCCCCAUUCAAAAUUGGCGAAGUAGUUGGAUUAGGAAUGAAAUUUGCGUUGCCUUCUCCAGACUCGUUGGCCACUGCUCAAGCAAAUGGUGCAUCACCAACACUUCGGGUGGAGAUAUUCUUCACUCGAAAUGGCAAAAUUGAAGAGAUCUGGGAUCUACAUGAGGAGGUCGAUGAGGAUGCGGGCGGUGUUGUGGGCCUGGAAGGCGAUUAUGAUCUUUAUGGUGCACUUGGAUUGUUUGGUGGUGUCAAAUUCGAGGUUUGCUUUGAUUGCGCUGGAUGGCUGUGGUUCCCUUCGACUUUAUAG